ACCACAAAUCACUAUUUUACUGUUAAAUUUUAAGAGGGAAGUGUUGACGAUUUUUGACUGUAUUUUCCAAGUAUAAUUUUAAACAAUCUUGCAAGUCAUAAACAGUUAGCACCCAGUUUGACACUCGUAUAUUUUUCGAUAAUUUAAAAAGUAUUGCGAAAUAUUUUCUCAAUUUAUUUAAAUAUGAGACCGGGCUGUAAACAACGUUCCGUUGUAUGGGAUCAUUUUAAAAAACAUACUGACGGUAAAACUGUUACGUGUCAAAUAUGUAAAAAGGAUUAUAAAUAUUACGGAAACACGACAAACUUAAAAGAACAUUUAAAUCGAAUACACCCAACCAAACUCAAUCCGAUCACUCAUAAUGAAGAUGAUCCAGAUAACCAAUUAAUACAGACUACCGAAAAUACAUUUAGUCCCUCAACUUCAGCAAUUUCUUCUAAUUUAUCAUUUCAACAUUUAAUUUCAUCGCAAUUUUCUGAGCCACCAUCAAAACGGCCUCGCCAACUAAAACUUUUUAAUUCGACAAAAGUAAAUGAACUUAGUGAUUCUGAUAUUAAGGCUAUUAAUAAAUCUUUAAUUAACAUGAUUGUCGCUGAUUAUCAACCACUCUCGUUAGUAGAAAACGUUGGAUUUAUUGAGUAUAGUAAAAAAUUGCAACCACUUUAUUCUAUCCCUAGUAGAAAAAUAUUAACUUCGAAAUUAUUGCCACAAGAAUAUAAUGUUAUACUUCUUAAAAUAAAAUCUAUUCUUCAAAAUGUAAAUGAUUUAUCUAUAACAACAGAUAUGUGGACAUCCGAUUCCAAUAUAUCAUAUAUAACAGUGACGUGCCAUUUUAUUUUUGACGACCAAUUAUAUUCACCAGUAAUUGCAACUAAAGACGUUUUUGACAGACACACUGGUCAAAAUAUAGCCGCUACACUUACAAAUAUUUUUAAUGAGUGGAAUAUAACAAAUAAAAUAAUAACUGUGGUAUCAGAUAAUGGGUCAAAUAUUAAAAAUGCAAUAAACGAACACCUUCUUAAACACCAUCAUCCAUGUGUAGCACACACACUUAACUUGAGUAUGAAUGAGGCAAUAAAUGGAAACUCUGAUAUAAAUCAAAUUUUAAAAAAAUAUAGGACGAUAGUAGAGCAUUUUAAGCACAGCAGCAACGCUACAGAAAAACUCAAAGAUUUUCAAUUACAAAUGAACUUACCUCCAUUAAAAGUUAAGCAAGAUGUGCCCACUAGGUGGAAUUCUAGUUUAAUAAUGAUGGAUAGACUUGUAAACAUUAAAGUCCCUCUAUCUGCAACUAUGUCAACUUUACCUCGUGCUCCAAAUUAUUUAAAUGCGUCAGAGUGGGAGAUAAUAUUAGAUUGUACUCAUAUUUUAAAGCCAUUUCCAAUUAUGACAGCGGAAUUAUCAGGCGAAAAGUAUCCAACAUUAAGCGUGGUAAUACCACUUAUUAGAGGUCUUCAACAUAUUUUAAAAAACUUGAAAACAGAAACUGAUAUUGGGGAUGUAUUUAGAAAUAUGUUGAUGGAUAUAGUUAGUAGACGGUUGGGAAUUUUAGAAAAAAAUAAAAUUGUUGCAAAAGCAACAUUCUUAGACCCACGGUUUAAAAAAACUGCGUUUGGUUUACUUGAAAAUGCUAGUAAUGCUCAAAAAUGGGUAAGCGAAGAAUUGACAAUGAUGAUUAGUACAAAUACUGUAAUGGAAAAUGAAAUGAGUACAGCUGAAUCUACUAUAGAACCCGCGUUAAAUAGCACUAAUAAUACAACAACAUCACUAUGGGAGCAUUUUGAUAAUAAAGUCACUGAAGGCAAAAUUACAUCGAGUCCAAAUAUAACUUCCACUUUAAUAAUACGUCAAUAUUUAGAUAUGCCACUUAACAGGUAG